AUGUCGUUUACGGCCUUAAAACUGUUUCAGGGCUUAAAACUGGAGUCACCGGAAUCCCCAUUAGCGACGGUGUUGUUCGGACAUCGGAGCCCUCUGAUGGCGCCACUCGAUGAUGACCAGUCAACUCCUGUUCCCGAACGACGACCACGGCAACAUGCAUACUCAUCGUCAGAGUGCUGUGACGAUAGUAUUCGAUUAGCGAAAUCAGCGGAGAACACGCCACUAGAAUUACUCCCAUCCCCGUCACGUCACGCAGCCCCGUUGCCACCUCCACCCCCACCACAAACAUUCUACAUGAAACCGUCAACAUCGAGAGGUGCUGCUAGUCCAGCUCUAUCGCCUCCGUGCGCUGAUAAUAUCCCAGAUCGGCCGAGUCCCAUCUGCGGUGUCCCACCCAAUCCAACGCGCAAAUCUCGUUCGGCCGCGGAUAUCUUUGAGAGUUGUUCGACGGAUCACUACGAUGAGUUGAGUGAACAUCCAAUAGCGGCGAAUAAAAGGGGCAAAAAAUCAAUUUUGGUCGAGUCAAACUACGAUUAUACACCGCGAAGAUGCGAUGAAUUACAACUGAAACGUGGAUCGACAAUUAAAGUGUUGCGACGUGGUGAUGAUGAAGAUGGCUGGUGGUACGGUGAAACGUUGGAUGGCCAAAAGGGUUUCUUCCCGCAGAAUCACGUUCAGCUGGCGAAACGGAAACCGACCGAAAUCCACAGUGAUGAGCUUCAAUUUUUGGGAUUGCUUGGUUCGGGUGGAUUUUCAGUUGUCAAAGCGGCCAUCUACAAAGGAAUGGAUGUUGCCGUUAAAAUACCACAUUCAAAAUUCAGUCAAAAGGAAAUUAUUGAAGCUGUACGAGAAGAGGCUGGUAUCUUCCAAAUGCUUAGUCAUGACAAUAUUGUCGAGAUGUACGGUGUGGUGGUAGGUUCAGAACCCGGUUUGGUACUCGAACUCUGUCAUGAUUCACUAGCGAAUGUGUGUUCGAGUUCGAAGGAUAUCUCACUAUCCGAAGAGAUAAUCGGAGAUUGGGGUGCACAAAUCGCAAGGGGCAUGAACUAUUUGCACGAGUUGAAUGUGCUUCAUCGAGACCUCAAAGCUGCUAAUAUAUUGAUCAAAGAGAAGGUUUGUGAUUGCCUUCUGAAUGUGCCUUCGAGUUCGAGCGAUCAAAUGGCACAUCGUUUGGAGUCGUUGAAUGGAUUCUGCAAGAAAUGCGGAGGUGCGGCACUCAAUCGUCUCACGCUGAAAAUCGCCGAUUUGGGUCUUUCAAAGAAAUUACAAGUAGCCGAUUGUCGAAUGAGUGUUGUCGGAACGGUGCCUUAUCUCGCUCCCGAGGUUAUUCGGGAUCGCAAAUGCUCAAAAGCGAUGGACGUUUGGAGUUUUGGGCUGGUAUUAUGGGAAAUUCUUACCGGUACGACCCCUUUCAAGGGUUUAGGGCCCGGUGCGAUUCAGUUGCAGAUCGGAACAUUUGUGAAGCAACAAAUCCCUUCGUCGUGUCCCGCUGAUCUGAAGAAUAUCAUCAAUAGUUGUUGGCGUGAUGAUCCACACGAUCGACCCACAUUCAAGCAGCUCUUGAUUCAGCUCGAGAAAUUCGCUGAUAAAUACAAAACCACUGAUUCAUCGGAUCGCGCGUUUCUGGAGAAUAGUUUAAAUACUUUGCGUAAAAGUAUGAUGGAGGAAAUGACGUUGAUUGCACAUGAAAUGGCCAAGAAAGCUGCGGAACUGCAGAAACGUGAAGAGAAUUUGAAAAAAGGUGAACGUGAGCUAGAGUUGAAUCGGAUGAUGUUCGAGUUGCAGCAAACGCUUUCAAGAGAGCCGUUGAAAGAAAAACCUCAGCCACCCAAACGAAAACAGCACCUCACAUGCUCGGAUAUCUCGAAGCCGUUCGCUGCGGCACAAAACGGUGAUGAGAAUGGGAGUCUAAGUUUGGUGCAACCAAACGGUGAGAGGCGACCGUCGUUGGUGGACACGGUUGUUGGUGGAGCUGGUGAAAUAGCGUUUGGUAGCAAAUCUAAUUUCCUUCAACCGGCGGGUUCGACCAAUAAUAAUAGCAAUGCCUACAAGAACAGUUAUGGUUCACAAACGCUUAUCGAUCAGCAACAAAAUAACCAUCUCCAACAACCAAUCGCCAAUAACUUAUCAUCGUCAGCAUCGAGCCUGUUCGGACUUGCUACUCUACCAAGAACUCCGAAGAAACUCUCGCGCAUUGGUCACAGCAAGAAGAAUUCUGACGCAAUGGUCGGUACACCCCCAGUAGCGGUAGGCUCGAAACCAUCAUGGCGACAACGAUCGAACGUCGGUGAAGUGCCGUCGACGAGUACACCGGAUUUGUUGAGGCUCUAUUGGGGCUCGAAUGCGAGUGGCUCGAACGCUAAGGAUGUGCCAAUCCCAAAAGACGCAAGUCCACGACUGUUGCAUCGAGUGAACGCACGACGAGUCAAGAAGGACUCAUUUUCAAGGCAUACUCAAGAGGAUGGAUCGGGUUCGGAUGAGAGAUGUCAUAUUGUUGUGAGUAAUGCAGUCGCAGAUUUGGAGAAUUUGGUGGAGCAACAGGGACAACGUUAUCAGUCAUCGUUGGAUCAUCUGGCAACACCUCGUCGAGCGCCUGCACCGUUACCACCGGACGGUGGAACGGCCCGGUCGCGAGAUCAUUCAAGAUCGAGUUCUGCGACCGGUGAAGGCUCGAGAACAGCUGGCAAGGGGGGUAAAGAUGAGGGCGCUGAACGCGGUUUCUUCCGUAAAAUGCCCUUCUUCAAAUCCAAGGAUAAAUCACCGGCUGCAUCGGGCGGUAGUGGGGGUACGUGCUUAUAUCAGUUGUUAGGUAUCUCGAUGACCCCGUCACGUCUUCUACCAAAGAGUGCCGCAUCAACGCCCAAGAAAAGUCCCCCAAAAGGACAUCCUAAUGAGAAGAAGAAAUCCAAGGGAAGCACACCGGAUAAGAGCAAUGAUGCUUUUACACUUACCGAGAAUUCCAAGACAUUUGUAAAAUCCGGUGAACGGCGUCUAAGUAAUACAACAAACGCAAAUUUAGCAGCGGGUGGUUUACUGGGCCGAAGUCCGCAAUCGGCACGUUCCUCGACCGAUGAUAUUCUGUCGAGAUGUAGUGGAGGUGGUGGGGGGAAUGCGGCCGGAACAUCUGCAAUGGGACGAGUGGGAGCUUACGAGAAGCUUUCGGAUGCUUCCGAUACAGGCAUCCUCGAGAAUCCUGGCUAUAAACCACCGAGAGAUUUCCCGAUCAAGGAUGCGGUACCGAGGAAGGAUUCCACGUCGAAUGUGAAUGGCUAUACGAGCAAAACGACGUCACGAAGUCCAUCAGCAAGUCCCUCGUUGCAUCAGUCAUCAAGAAGAGGCACACUGGUCGAUGACACAGUACCGUGUUCUUCUUACGGUCUCAUUGAGAAUCUAUCCUAUCGACCACCAUCCGAUAUGAAAGCAGUCAAGUCGAAUAACGCCAUAGUAACAUUGGACAGUCCUGUUGAAGGUGGUGUCGAUCCCGGUCCAUAUCAUUCAAUGAAUUCGCUUGAUAAUAGUAGUGAAGAAGGUCUUGGAGGAGUAUCGUACGAAAAUAUUGCUGGCAGUGGAAAGCUUGGUGUAUCAACGACGUUUGAAGACACUGGCGAGUUGUACGUUCCGUUAUCGACCAUUCAGCGAAGGGUGCUGAACGCAUCUCCACGUGUCGAUAACAACAACAUCCCCCCACCACCCCCAUUAUCGUCAUCUAACUCUCAACCUGCCAACGAGUUAUGUUCCAUCACAAACGACGCCUAUUUUAUUUUAGGCAAUAAUAAUGUCCCCCAACAGCAACAAGUCGAUCAGCCGUCCGGUGGUGCCUAUAUCCCGUUGAGUAUGCAAUCGGCGUGGAUCGAUCAGUGCGAGAAUAAUACAGCUGGAGAUAGCAUCCUAUCGCCAUGCUCAGCAGUCAGCAUGCUAACUGCUGGAGGCCGUCCACAGCGACCGUUCACUCUCGACUUGAAGAAUCAACCGUUAACACCGGCCGAGAGUGGUAUCAGCACGGCGGGAAGCUCCUAUCGAAGUCUAUCGAGCUCGGAUCAAGCACCGCAAGAUCAUGCACCACCACCACCAUCCAUACAACAACAACUCCAAACGAUCACUGAUUUCGCACCUCGCGUCGCACCCCCAAUUCCUCCUCGAUUGAACGCGAGACGACAACAACAGCAACAACACCUGAACGAUGACGAUUCGAGUUCACGUCCGAGGCUCAGCCCUGUCUCACAGUCUCCUUAG